GGCAGCACAGCACAGUCCACAGAGCAGCACUGCAGACUGUGCCCACCUGUGCCAGGAUGCCCGACGCCACACUGCCUGCCUGCUUCCUCGGCCUGCUGGCCUUCACCUCCGCUUGCUACUUCCAGAACUGCCCAAGGGGCGGCAAGAGGGCCAUGUCCGACCUGGAGCUGAGACAGUGUCUCCCCUGCGGCCCCGGGGGCAAAGGCCGCUGCUUCGGGCCCAGCAUCUGCUGCGGGGACGAGCUGGGCUGCCUCGUGGGCACGGCCGAGGCGCUGCGCUGCCAGGAGGAGAACUACCUGCCGUCGCCCUGCCAGUCGGGCCAGAAGCCGUGCGGGAGCGGGGGCCGCUGCGCCGCCGCCGGCAUCUGCUGCAAUGACGAGAGCUGCGUGACGGAGCCCGAGUGCCGGGAGGGCGCCAGCUUCCCUCGACGCGCCCGGGCGAGCGACCUGAGCAACGCGACCCUGCUGGACGGGCCGAGCGGGGCCUUGCUGCUGCGGCUGGUGCAGCUGGCGGGGGCGCCGGAGCCCGCUGAGCCCGCCCAGCCCGGCGUCUACUGA